GUGGCCGCCGCUGGCAAGCACCCCGCGCAGAGAGAGUUCGAGAAGGCCGAAAAGGCGAGCAGAUUUGGGGAGGAGGAAUCGGAGCCGGCGAGCCGGGGGGCGUCGAUGGCGGACUGGGGCCCCGUGAUCGUGGCGACGGCGCUGUUCGUGGUGCUCACCCCGGGCUUGCUCUGCACGCUGCCGGGGCGCGGCCGGGUGGCGGAGUUCGGCAGCAUGCACACCAGCCCCGUCGCCAUCAUCGUCCACGCCGUCCUCUACUUCGCGCUCAUCACCAUCUUCCUCAUCGCCAUCGGGAUCCACAUCUACGCCGGCUAGCAAGCCGCCGAUCGAGCCGGGGGGCGGGGGCGGGAUAGGCUGCUGCGCUGCGGCCGCCGCCAGCCGCCGCCGUGGGGCGUGAUUCGAAACGAGAUCUGUGUUUCCCUCUCUCUCUCUCUCCCUCCCCUGCUGAUUGCUCCUCCCCCUGCUGCGGGAGUAGGACUCGAUGACUUAUUACUACUGUGCUCUGUGGUUGUAAUCGAUCAAGACUCUGAAUGCAAUCUUGCUUGUCCCGCCAUGAGAUGGGGAUCGAUCGCCCUUUUGAUUCGAAA